AUGGGCCCGGCGACGGUGCUUUUGCUACCCGGAGUCCUGCUGGGCCUCUGCUUCGGGGACAGCCUGUUCCCUAGCCGACACUUCGUAUUUCAAAGCGGCCAGGAAGGCAGGGCUUUGGGGGGCUGGCGUCUGCCUCUCUCCCUAGAGCUGUUGGAGGAGGCUGAGGACCUUUCUCUGCUAGGAUCGGAGUCCCUGAGGGACCUGCUCGAGUUGGAGCCAGAGUGCAGGGAGCUCUUGGCUGCCUUCACCAACAGCAGUGUGAAGUUGACAGGCUGCUUGGUGCGGAGCGCCCGUCCCGUGAGACUCUGCCAGAAUUGCUAUCGCCAGUUCCGGGAGAUCAACGACCAGCUGGAGAACAUCACCAGGGCUGUAGGGAACACCUCUGAGAGCAGCAAGUGUGCCAAAAGUCUCUUGAUGUCUGAUAGGCUACAGAUUGUUGUGAUCCUGUCCAAGUUUUUUAAUGACACUUGGGAGAAAGCAAACUGUGCAAAUUGUUUAAAGAACAACAGUGAAGGCUUAUCCAAUAGUACAGUGAUGUUCCUGGCCUUAUUCAAUGCAUCGUUGACCUGCUUUGAACACAACCUCCAGGAACAAGAAGGCAGUCUUGUAAACAACUAUACACAAGUGUGCAAGAACUGCAGUGUGACAUAUAAAAACCUAAAUGCUCUGUACAAGAGGAUGCAAGAGAGCAAACAGCAACAUGACGCUGAAGAACAAUCUCAUUUGUGCAUUGAUGUGGAAGAUGCAAUGAACAUCACACGGAGGCUUUGGAGCAGGACCUUCAAUUGUUCUGUCCCCUUCAGUGACACAGUGUCAGUGGCUGCUGUUUCUUCAUUCAUUCUCUUUUUACCUGUUAUUUUCUACCUGAGUAGCUUUCUUCACUCAAAGCAGAAAAAGCGUAUCCUGAUUCUCCCUAAGCGGAUCCAGUCAACCACCAGUCUUGUGAACAUCCAAGAAAAAUGCCACUGAUCUUACAGAAUGCAAACUGCAGCAGAGUGCAUACUUGAUAGUUCUGAAGAAGACGAUUAUGAUUUAGCCCUGCACUCAGCAUAUUGUAACCCAUUAAAAUGCUUUAUGACUCUCCGAUGGUUACAUGCACUAAUAGGGCAAAUGUUUUCCACUGGAGACACAAUAUGGCCUCCAAAGUGAAAGGAGUCUCCACCUAAUCCAUACAUUUGUUUUUGUCUCACUUGGUUUCAUAUUGACUUGUUUUCUGUACACAUUCCUAACCUUCACAUGACUUCAGUUGAGUUGCUAGUCAUUAUAGCGGAGAGAGAGAUGUUUCAGUGAAGUGA